AUGAGUUCAACCAGUGCCUUUAUGCUUUGGAACUUGAUGACCUUAGGUAUACAGGGUGUUAUUUCACUUGGGCCAAUAAGUAGGACCCCUCUCAUGGAAGAUGGGUCUCUCUCCCAUGAUAGUAAGGAUAUUAAAGCCAGCUUUGCUAGUUUCUACUCUAAUUUGCUAGGUACUGCUCACCCUACUUCCUACCAUGGGCUCUCUAGGAUUCAACAGGUUGUCAGACUGAGACUAGCUGAUAGUCAAAAGUUGGCCAUGAUUGCUGAAGUCACAGACAUUGAAAUAAGAGACAUUUUCUGGUCUCUUAAUCCCUCAAAAGCUCUUGGUCCUGAUGGCUAUAAUGCUGGUUUUUUUAGGAAUGCUUGGCAUAUCAUUGGUCAUGAAGUCACUGCAGCUAUGAAAUCAUUCUUUAGGUCUCAUCAACUACUCAGAAAAAUUCUUGCUAGAAGAAUACAGCUAGCCCUCCCUAAUUUAAUUGAUCCUGUGCAAUCAGGCUUUGUUAAAGGGAGAAGGAUUUGUGACAAUAUUUUUCUAACCCAAGAACUCAUGAGAGGUUACCACGAAUCAUCCAACUCCCCUAGAUGUGCCAUGAAUGUGGAUAUCAUGAAAGCCUAUGACAAUGGUUGUGUCACCACUGCUAAUUACUCGAUCAGUAUUAAUGGUAAAGUCACUGGGUACAUCCUUGGGAAAAGAGGACUAAGGCAUGGGGAUCCUCUGUCCUCUUACCUAUUUGUCAUUGUUAUGGAGGUACUCACUUGUUUCCUGAGGGGAAAAUCCCUCCUACCUGAUUUCCACUUCCACUACAGACGUGGUAAUACCAAAAUUAUCAGUCUCUACUUUGCUGAUGAUCUAAUGAUUUUUUGCAAAGGAGAUCUAACCUUAGUCAAACACAUUCAUGAUGCUCUCAUUGAGUUCUAG